AUGCGCGUUGAAUCUAGACUUUUGACUUCGUAUACCAGUCACAAGAUAAGGGUAUGUAACGACAGAGAUGAGAUAAAGCUUGCGAGAAUGCACUUUGGACGCAAGGCUGAACGUGAUUAUAAGUACUUUGUGUUCGUUCGAAGGGACUUCCCCGCUCGCCGAGAGAAUGAGGGAACAAGGAGGGAGCUUGAAGCUGAAGAGAUAGACUAG